CGAGGAAUUGAAUAUAGAAGGUGGGGGAGAUGUGAAUAAUAAGCGCUUGAUUUCGUUGAUACGAACUCGUGCUUCGUCUGUCUCUGUCUGUGUUUGAAACCCAGGGCGGGCGGCCACCUGAGACCUAACUUCCAUCUUCUUCUUCCGAUCUUGAAAGAAAAUGGCAGACGGUGAGGAUAUUCAGCCACUCGUCUGCGACAAUGGAACUGGAAUGGUGAAGGCUGGAUUUGCCGGAGACGAUGCACCAAGGGCAGUGUUUCCGAGCAUCGUAGGGCGUCCAAGGCACACGGGAGUGAUGGUAGGGAUGGGGCAGAAAGACGCGUAUGUCGGUGACGAAGCUCAGUCAAAGAGAGGUAUUUUGACUCUCAAGUAUCCCAUUGAGCAUGGCAUUGUUAAUAACUGGGAUGACAUGGAGAAGAUCUGGCAUCACACCUUCUACAACGAGCUCCGUGUGGCUCCGGAGGAGCACCCUAUUCUGCUCACCGAAGCCCCUCUCAAUCCAAAGGCAAAUCGUGAGAAGAUGACUCAAAUCAUGUUCGAGACUUUCAACGCACCCGCCAUGUACGUUGCCAUCCAGGCUGUCCUCUCUCUUUAUGCAAGUGGCCGUACAACCGGUAUCGUUCUCGACUCCGGUGAUGGCGUCAGCCACACUGUCCCGAUCUACGAAGGCUAUGCCCUUCCCCACGCCAUCCUCCGUCUUGACCUGGCCGGCCGCGAUCUCACCGAUGCUUUGAUGAAGAUCCUGACGGAGCGUGGCUACUCUUUCACCACGUCAGCAGAGCGUGAAAUCGUGAGGGACGUGAAGGAGAAGUUGGCUUACAUUGCACUAGACUACGAGCAAGAGCUUGAAGCUGCCAAAACUAGCUCCGCCAUUGAGAAGACCUACGAGCUUCCCGAUGGACAGGUGAUCACCAUUGGCGCCGAGCGUUUCCGUUGUCCUGAGGUGCUCUUCCAGCCUUCCAUGAUUGGAAUGGAAGCUGCGGGCAUUCACGAAACCACAUACAAUUCAAUCAUGAAGUGUGACGUGGAUAUUAGGAAGGACUUGUACGGAAACAUUGUUCUGAGUGGUGGUACCACCAUGUUCCCUGGUAUUGCUGAUAGAAUGAGCAAAGAAAUCUCUGCUUUGGCUCCCAGCAGCAUGAAGAUCAAGGUGGUUGCUCCCCCGGAGAGGAAAUACUCUGUCUGGAUUGGUGGUUCCAUCUUGGCUUCUCUCAGCACUUUCCAACAGAUGUGGAUUGCCAAGGCUGAGUACGACGAAGCUGGUCCUUCAAUUGUGCAUAGGAAAUGCUUCUAAAUGCUGCAACCUUUUCUUUCUACCUUGGAACAAAAAUAAUUCUUUCAUUUGUUUUCUUUUUGUUGUUUCUCAUUGUUGAACACAUGGUUCAUCUUUCAUUAUAAAUCAACGCCAUUGUUGAACAAUUCAUUCUUUACUAUAUACAACAUAAUUUUUUGCUACA